UAUAAGAACUAUUUAAUUUGCUCCAUUAUGGUAUCUCAGUCUACGUUAUAAAUUGUACAGAACCAUAGAAACCCUAAUACUAGAUUUCUCCCGGACAAUGGCUAACCCUAAAGUUUUCUUUGAUUUGACUGUUGAUGAAAAACCCGCUGGUCGGAUCGUGAUAGAGCUCUUCGCCGACUUGACUCCGCGUACGGCUGAGAACUUCAGGGCUCUGUGUACCGGCGAGAGAGGCAUCGGAAAGUGUGGUAAACCACUGCACUAUAAAGGAUCAAUCUUCGACGAUAUUGUUCCCGAUCUCAUGUGGUGUGGAGGAGAUAUCAUCUUCGAAAACGAAUCAAUCCACGGCGAAGAAUUAGAAGACGAGUACUUCAUCCUGAACCACGAAGAUGGUCCAGGUAUCAUCUCCAUGGCCGACUCCACCGGAUCUCAGUUCCAAAUCCACAUGAAGGACUAUGGCGUGCAAGUGGACGGUGAUCACGUUGUGUUUGGCAAAGUUGUUGAAGGAUUGGAUCUUAUGAGGAGCAUUGAGAAGGAGGUUAUAAGUACAACAACGAGGACGCCUUCCAAGCCCGUGGUGAUCGCGGACUGCGGUGAGCUUUCAGAUAAUAUAUCUGAAGGCAACUAUCUUAUAAAUAUAAUUGUAGGUUGCAUGGUUUUGAUGUGUUUUGGUUCUUUGUUCGUUUAGUUUUGACUUUUGGUGUUUUAAAUAGCUUAGCCUAUCAAUGAAGAAUGAUAAGCAUAGACUAUCAUUUGCUACGACGAUUAAAACAACUUAGGAAUCUGUUUUAAGCCUUAUUGAAUGUGUUUUUUUUUUUUUCAAAUACGAUUCAGAGCUCAUAGGAGAUAUUUCAGAGUGCAUCCUAGCCUAUUUUUAGUUAUUGUUCAGGAUUUUAGUUUUGUUAUUAAGAUUUAAGAUAUACUCGGAUGUAAAUAGAAAACCUUUAGUUGGAACAAUCACAAUCAUAUUAAAUUCAUAAACCUCAGAAAUCGUAUAGAUUUUGUCCUCUUUACUACAGUGGUAGCUUGUGUUAUUUUGAUGUUUGGGUGGGUUUCCUUCGUUUGGAGUCCGGUGUUCCCUUCUAGACUUAAAUUGGCUACCAUUCAAUAUUUGAUAAGCAUAAAUCUUAGCUAUAUAUUUGCUAGA